UAAAUUAUAGUCAUCCCCCAGUCUUCUUGUCACUCACAGUCACAGGUCACAGCACACACAGCAAGUCAAUCAGAGAGAAAUAGAGAGUAUCGAGCGAGUGAGGAAGAGACGACAAUGGGGGAAACGAAGAAGAGUGAAAUUGUUCACUCACCACUAGUCACCUACGCUUCCAUGAUUUCUCUCCUCACACUCUGUCCUCCAUUCGUAAUCCUCCUAUGGUACACCAUGACACUCGCCGAUGGAUCCAUUUUACAAACAUUCAACAACUUGAACCAAACCGGCGUCAAAACCUUCUUCCUCCAUUCAUGGCCCAAACCCUCUGCAACCGCUUACAAAAUCAUCGCCGUCUACGCCGCAUUUGAAGCCGCGCUUCAGCUUCUUCUCCCCGGUAAAACUGUUCACGGCCCUGUCUCCCCCGCCGGCAACGUACCUGUCUACAAGGCGAAUGGUGUUGCAGCGUAUCUAGUGACUUUGAUUACUUAUCUUGGUUUAUGGUGGUUUGGGAUAUUCAACCCUACAAUUGUUUAUGAUCAUUUGGGAGAGAUAUUUUCAGCCUUGAUCUUUGGGAGCUUGGUCUUUUGUGUUCUCUUAUACAUAAAAGGUCAUUUGGCACCAUCUUCCACGGAUUCUGGUUCCUCGGGGAACAUAAUCAUUGAUUUUUACUGGGGUAUGGAGCUCUAUCCACGCAUUGGAAAAUAUUUUGACAUAAAAGUUUUCACAAACUGUAGAUUUGGAAUGAUGUCAUGGGCUGUUCUUGCACUAACCUAUUGCAUAAAGCAGUAUGAAGAAAAUGGGAAAGUAGCUGACUCGAUGCUUGUAAAUACUACAUUAAUGCUGGUGUAUGUUACCAAGUUUUUCUGGUGGGAAGCUGGAUAUUGGAACACAAUGGAUAUUGCACAUGAUCGAGCUGGAUUUUAUAUUUGCUGGGGCUGUUUGGUGUGGGUUCCAUCUGUGUACACUUCUCCUGGAAUGUACCUUGUCAACCAUCCUGUAAAUCUUGGCACCCAGCUUGCUCUUUUUAUCUUAGUGGCUGGCAUUCUUUGCAUAUACAUCAACUAUGAUUGUGACAGGCAAAGGCAAGAAUUUCGUCGGACAAAUGGAAAAUGCUUGGUCUGGGGAAAAGCUCCAUCAAAGAUAGAGGCCUCAUAUACUACUAGUUCUGGGCAAACAAAAAGAAGCCUUCUUUUAACCUCUGGAUGGUGGGGAUUAUCUCGUCAUUUUCAUUAUGUCCCUGAAAUACUAGCUGCUUUCUUCUGGACAGUGCCAGCUCUUUUCAAUCAUUUUUUACCUUACUUCUAUGUGAUAUUUCUUACCAUCCUUCUUUUUGAUCGAGCAAAAAGGGAUGACGAUCGAUGCAGAUCCAAGUAUGGCAAGUACUGGAAACUGUAUUGCGACAAGGUUCCUUACAGAAUCAUUCCGGGAAUAUACUGAAGAAUGAUUAUGCCGUGUGUUAGCUAAGGACGCCAUGGUUACUUCUUUUGUUGUUGACCACCUCCACUUGGUGCACUUGAGAUGCAAGUUAGAAUUAGCUGAGAAUUAUUGAGCGAGAUCUUGUUAGCAAAUGUUGUGACUUCUAUUUCAUUCUAGAGCUGUGUUUAUCUAUAACUAGAUAUUAGAAAAUAAAAUUUGAAAAUAAAAUCAGAAUUGAUUAUUUUCGAAAAA